AUGAAUCCCGACGACUACGAUUUGAGUACAUCGGAUGGCUGCAGAUGGGCCUUGACUCGAGCCUUGUUCGAUGCCGUUAAUGAAGCCAAGGCGGAAUGCUUGGCACAAAUGCAGCGGGAGCAAGCGGCAAUGGCAGUGGCGGAGGCGGAGGCGCGGGUCCCUCGCCCGAUACGACGUCGGACGUAUGUCCCCCGCGAGCACGACGUAGCGCACGAACGUCUGUUCGCAGAUUAUUUUGCCGAGAAUCCAAGCAUCGGGAAGACGGGAUCGGGCAGACCCGGACUUACGCCGCGUGCGAAGUGCACGGUUGCGAUCCACCAGUUGGCCUACGGCACAACAGCGGAUAUGUUCGACGAGUACCUUCACAUCGGGGAUACUUAUAAGUUAGUUGUGGAGGCUUUUGGCGACACAUAUUUGCGACGCCCGAUUGCUGACGAUUGCCAGAGCCUGAUGCGGAUGCACGAGAUAGUGCACGGCUUCCCUGGGAUGCUAGGGAGCAUCGAUCUGUAUGCACUGGCAGUGGAAGAACUGCCCGACGGUCUGAAGAGGCCAAUUUACUAG